AUGAGUAUCUCUGCACUGAGCCCCGCCAGAUUUCUGGAAUGCAUCUCUGGGUUCCCCCAAGUGGUCUCCCUGAUUGGCCUGCUUCUGCUGCUCUUCAAGGCAGCCCAACACUACCUGCGCAGACAAUGGCUGCUCACAGCCCUCCACCAGUUCCCAUCGCCACCCUCCCACUGGCUCUUUGGGCAUUGCUUGCAGUUCAAAGAGGAUGAGGAGCUGAGAUGGAUACUAAGAUGUGUAGAGAAAUUCCCAGGUGCAUUUCUCUACUGGCUGUGGGGAAGUAAAGUCUUCAUCAAAGUCUAUGACCCUGACUACAUGAAAGUGAUCCUGGGGAGAGCAGACCCAAAGGCUAGCCUCUACAGAUUCUUGACCCCUUGGCUUGGAUAUGGUUUGCUCAUUUUGAAUGGACAUAAGUGGCUCCAGCAUCGUCGGAUGUUAACAUCAGCAUUCCACAAGGACAUCCUCAUGCCAUAUGUGGGGACCAUGGCAGACUCUGUACAAGUGAUGCUGGAAUCCUCACCAAAAUUCAACUCUGUUUCCAUAGCAGAUGUUCCUAUUACCAGCCUGUUUUGUAUCCUCUNCCUCAGGAGUUCUCAGGCCUACCUCCAGGCUGUUAGUGANCUGAACAACCUNNUGACUUCCCGUAUGAAGAAUGUCUUCCUCCACAAUGACAUUAUCUACAACCUGACUUCCCAUAGCCGAAGGACCAAAUCUGCCUGUCAGAUUGCCCAUGAACACACAGACCGAGUUGUCAAGCUGAGGAAGGCUCAGCUACAGGACAAGAAAUCAAUGGAGAAGCUCAGAGGAAAGAGAUGUUUGGAUUUCCUGGACAUCCUUCUAUUCUCCAGAAUGGACGAUGGGAGCAGCUUGUCUGACAAAGCAUUGCGUGCUGAGGUAGACUCAUUCAUGUUUGGGGGUCAUGACACACCNGCCAGUGGGAUCUCCUGGNUCUUCUAUUCUUUGGCUNCACAUCCNGACCACCAGCAGAGAUGCAGAGAGGAGGUCCAGAGCCUUCUUGNGGAUGGAUCCCCCAUCACAUGGGGGCACCUGCACCAGAUGCCCUAUACCACCAUGUGCAUCAAGGAGGCCCUGAGGCUCUACCCACCAGUACCAUCUGUUGGCAGAAAGCUCAACACACCUGUCACCUUCCCCGAUGGACGUUCCUUACCUAAAGGUAUCACAGUUCUGCUUGACUUUUAUGCUCUUCACCACAACCCAAAAGUGUGGCCAAAUCCAGAGGUGUUUGAUCCUUCCCGGUUUGCAAAGAAUUCUGUCCAACACACCCAUGCUUACCUGCCCUUCUCAGGAGGAUCAAGAAACUGCAUUGGGAAGCAACUUGCCAUGAAUGCACUGAAGGUCGCUGUGGCCCUAACCCUGCUUCGAUUUGAGCUGCUGCCAGAUCCCACCAGGGUUCCCAUCCCUACUCAACAGCUCGUAUUAAAGUCCACAAAUGGGAUCCAUCUGCAUCUCAGGAAGCUCCAAUAGUGCUACUAGAGACAAUGAUGGGGUCCAAGUGCCUGCUGCCUGCCAUUCUAUCUGUCACUGCUCCUAUGCCCUGCCUGGGUUUCUGCUUCUUACUUCUAUCAGCCCACCUGCCUCUCUUCCCUUCUGUCUGCUGAGCAGUCUCCAGGCCUCCUGUUUCUCUGUCCUUUUCUCUGCC